CACUCUAAUUCAAAAGUGUACUGUGUAUCAACGUUUACAGAAUCUACUUCUACGCACACCGUUCCCGAAUUCAGCUUUCGUUUUUUUUUUCGCUUUCUUUUUUAUUGCACACACUGUCCUCUGCCCUGUUUACAACUUUCACCGCUUUCACUUUAAUGCACUGGCGUGGAACGAACCAUUGAUCUGUUUACUUGCCGGCCUCUAUCGCCAGGCUAAACCGGCCUGUUCCUACAAUCUACCAACGGCACUUAAUUUAUUGCCCCAUGUCUGCAAUGGUUGGUUCUUUAUUCUAUGGCUAACACUUCGCUGUGUUGGCGCAAGAGCUUGGGAGUAGUGGGAAAGACCUACCGAGACAAGUUGAAGAAGAAAACGGGCGAAGCAUGACGUCGACCGAUCAGCCGGACGUCGUGAAAAAUGCGAACACGAGGUCUCCUACGGAGGCAAAGCAAGUUAGUCCCGACCACUUUAGGUUCGGCAAGAGAAUGAAGAUCAUUCCCAUGAACGAUCAAAUCAAGGAGCUGCAAACAAUCAUUCGCGACAGGAAUACUACUAGAAGCGAGUUUGUGUUCUACGCCGACAGAUUGUUACUACGCCGACAGGUGAGCUUGUGUCGGUGCCUCUUAGAAGAAGACCACGAACGCCUUGCAACUUUGAGGCGAAGCCAUGUUGGAAAUUUUUCAGGAUCAAUCUACCAAGGAAUCAAAUUCCUAAGAGGAAGCUGUGGCGUGAGCAUCGUACGAAGUGGUGAAGCCAUGGAGCAAGGCCUCAGGGACUGCUGCCGUUCUAUCCGCAUUGGAAAAAUCCUGAUACAGAGUGAUGAAGAAACACACGAAGCUAGCGUUGUGUACGCCAAGUUUCCGGUCGACGUUCACAGCAGGAAGGUGUUGCUGAUGUACCCCAUCAUGAGUACUGGAAACACCGUGAACAAAGCUGUUCAAGUUCUGAAGGACCAUGGAGUGCAGGAAGAAAACAUCUUUUUGUUGAAUCUGUUCUGCACGCCUCAUGCUGCCAAGUCGGUGAUGAAGGCAUUCCCAACAAUGACGGUCCUCACAUCAGAACUUCAUCCUGUUGCUCCUAACCACUUUGGCCAGAAGUACUUCGGAACCGAUUGACGAAACCUCUAUGUGUUGAUUUUUAUCGCGUUUUUAGGACAUGCCUGAUAUAUUCAGACUGUUUUAAAUGCUUUUAAGUUAUUAUACACCAGAAUAAAUGUUACUUGUUGAUAAACACAAA